AGAAAACAAUGCUCUUACACUCAACGGUCAUCCCACACUCGGUUUCUGGUAACGUUACAGAAAACAUACUAGCCGGUGUUCUGUCGAUUUUGUGUCUUCAAGCAAAAACCAUAAAUCAAAAAAUAUUUGCGUGCUUAAUUUAGCUAAAACAAAGUUUCUGAAAUGUGAGCAUUUAAUGCUUGUUAAGUUAACUUUACAUAAUAACUAACGUUUAACUUACCGGUAAGUAACGUUGGACUGUUGGUUGGACAAGCACAUCUUCACUCUGAUGGGAAGUUAACGUUAACGUUAGUCAUGGAGAGAUUUCUCGAUAAAAAGCAAUUGUUGUGGCUAAUUAGCUAACGCUACAGCCCUAGCUAGAAAGAUUACUAACUAACUAAGCUAACGCUAGCUAAAUCUAGACAAAACCCAUUACUACAGCAAGUGUUUUAUCCUCUGUUAGGGAUUUUGCAUUGAUUAAGAGGCUCAGCUGUAUUAUAGUUAUUGGGAUAUUUAUGAAGUGGUCCCGUUGAAAACUGUUAAUACUAAAAACUGUAACGUUAGUUUAAAAACAUUUUAUUGAUUGGGAACAUUUUUAGGUUUUUGAAAGGCUGAUGAGAAGAGAGAUUUCUGUCAACCUCAUUCAAAUGCUUUUUUACUUGUUAAAGGUGAAGUUUCCUAAAAUGGUCAGUAAUUUGUUGCAGUCUGUUUAGUCUAACGUUAGAUGUUCAUCUUUCUCAUUUUAACUUACAUCCAUAGCAGACUACAAUAACUACAGAUUAUGGAAAUAGUCUCUGCUGUACAUUUUACCAAUUACUGUUUUAUUACUAAUUAAUUCAUUAUGGAAGAUACAAAAACUAAACCUAAUGUGUCACCACCCAAUACUAGUUUUGAUAUUAUGAAUUAAACAGUAUUUUCUGUUUAUCUGUCUUAAGAUCUGUCUGUCAAUACUGUUUAUUAGCUAUAGUAAUAGUAGUCAAGUAACAACAAAUAAGUACAGUAAGGUCAAGAAAUGUAUUUCUGAAUAGUGAUGGUAAAUUGGAAAUUGUAUACAACGAGAGUGUUUAAAUGUAUCAGAAAAACUUAGUAGACAUUUUUGUGUGUGUCUUUGUGUCUGUGUAGAACCAUUUCUACCCAGGCUCGCUGAACUCAAGCAUGGAUGCAGAGGCCUUGUUGGACUUGGCAAAACCAGCCACACGUAUUCACUCUGUAUCGCAUGCACAGGUAUUCUAUACUAGAAACUGAAUUCGGUACCAUCUUUGUAGAGCGUCUCCUCUCGCAUUUGUUCCAAUAUUUCCUGCCUUCAAAGGUAAUAUUGUUGGACACGCCCAUCUGGGAGCUAUGCCCCUACUGAAAACCAAUAUCCAUCCUGGCAUCUGUGAAGAGGAGAGAAGGCAAAGAAAAGCUUGAACCCAAAAUACUGCCUAAAAUGAAGCUUUCCCCCAGGCAAACUUCGAAAGACAUGGAGAAAAAUGAUGGAACAGAGUUGGUAGAAAAAGGAUUGAAUAACAUUUACAAAGAAAAUGAAAGAAAGAGGCCCAGCAACAUGUUUGAAAAAUCACUGGAGGACACACGGGGCCAUAAAAGGCAGCGGCUCACCUCCAAACAAGACGCAUCUGAAGGAAGUGGAGGAAAACCGAAGGAUAAAGUGUCUUUUAAUGUGAACCCCCAACAAGGAGAUCACUUGUGGCAGUAUCUUCAGAGGGAGAGCCACGAGCCUGUGGUUGGUUUAAGUGCUCUCAUUGAAUGCCAUUGUGAUCAGCGUGACUCCAUCUACUUCUGCGAGUGCUGCUCUCUGAAGAUCCUAGAGAAGGACAUCGUCAGCCAUGUUACUGGAUCAUACCACCAGAAGGUGUAUCUGGGUUUACAGAAACUGCCAUGGAAUAACCAGAGGAAGACAAUCAGACAACAGGCUACAUUGGUUGGAAAGGACAAGGGAAAUUGAAACGUUGACACUUACAUUUGAGGAACAACAUACAAGCAUCAACAGAGUAUCAAAUACAGAUCUACAACUGACAAUACAUACUGCCAUACAGACAGUGAAGGCACUUCAUGUUCAGCAGGGCAAAGUUGGCUUAAACCAGCUGAUUGUAGUGUCAUGUGAAGGAAAGCAACAAGUCUACUGUCAGCUGUGUUCUGUGAAGUUGAACAGUUCCAGGCACCCACUUGGGUUUGAGCACAAGUAUAACUAUGUGAAAAAGCUGUACCCUUGGUGGACUGCCAAGCCAUUGGACGUGGAGAGCAAAUUGGACAAGAUGGUAGCCAACUUGGCUGAUGUAGAGAAAGAUGUAGGAUCCUGCUCCGCACAGACAAUGGAAGUGAACAUUGAUGAGUACAACGAGCUGAAUGGUCUUCCAGACAACAAAGGUAAAGAUAUUCUAAUACCCUUCACAAAUCUACUGCUACGUGGCUUACAAGGUGAAAAGAUUACAAAGAACCGUCCGUCUCUAUUUGUUGAGUUGUUCAGCCAUGUUAGCAGUGGGGUCAGAGGGGACUGAGAGAGAAAUUAUCCAGUCAAAAUAACAAUACUGCAGAUUUGUUUUAUAAAUGUGGAGAAAAUCAUAAUUCUCUUUUUAU